UGCACGCUGGCGACCGCUUACCUUGAAAUCCGUAGCACUUCAGCUUUUUAUGAAUUUUCUCAACCUUACCGAUUUUUGUCAAAUAUAUCGACUAAUCUAGAAAGAUAUCAUCAUCCUCCCGAGAAAGCGCAUUUUUACAACACCAAGUUAAAUGGUGACAUCCACAAAUAGAUUCAAACCAGAAGAAACUUCGUCGAGAAGGUAAAUGAAAAGGGUUGAUAGUGAUAAGUUUACAUUUAACAAUACGUGACUGUUACAGUACGUCGUGUGUUAGCUGGGACGUAAGAGUAACGUUAACUUAGUAGCAAGCUAAGACAACCUGGCCAAGUUGUUCUACUUCGUUGUAAAAUAGGCCUAUCUGACUGAAUAUUAUCAGUCUAUUAAUUUGGCUAAACUUUUACUUCCCUAUAUUAGGAUACUCUAUAAAAUCAUCGUCAUUCUAUAAAAUCAUAUCGUUCCUUGUUAUUUCGAACUGAAGAAAUCGAGAAAUCGCCACUUGAUGACCGAUUCAUGAGCGAGAUGAUUCUCCCGUUUUGAACCUGUUUGUGAAUCGCACUGAUCCAGUCGCUGGUGUUCUUGAGUCAACAUCUCACUGAUUCAACGAUCCGAUCAUCGAAUCGAAAAUGAGCCGAGGAAACCAAACCGAAGCUUGAGCCUGCGUUACAACUGUUGGCGCGGAAAUCUGAAGGUUUUGCAGUUCAGAAGAUCAACAUGGAUCCUAGAAUACCUGUGAAAGGCCAUCAUAACCAGAUCUUCAACCCAAGUGAGAUGUAUACUAAUCCAAAAAUCACAAUUCGGCAAAAUACUGGAAGUGACCACAUUCACCGUCACAAGUUGUCAUCCUCUCAGCUCCUUCACUAUCUGAGGAGUCAAAACCCAAAACGAGCGUCUGACCUGGCUUCUUCGGCUGAUGAAGUCCAACAUAUGACAAACAUAACUGAGGCGUCAUCAAGGCUGAUGCAGCAGCAAAACAUUAAUGCAAUGGCAUCUGUGGAUCAGAAAGUCGUGGCAGUGACCAGUGCCGAGAAGCAUCUGGAGAAUGAAGUCAUUUCUGAGGGGAAAGUUUCUGAACCCAUAUUUGCUGAGAAACACAUCAGCGUUGAUUGUGUGGCCUAUCACUGGAUGAUUACCACAAAUAGUGAAUUGUGGGACACUGGAAAUUUUUUUUCGUGCACAAAUCACUCUACAGCAGAGCCAUUCCCAAAUGAAAUGGUCGAUUUCCGUUUCCAAGAUGACUGGAAAGUUGCUAACCUCUCCAGCCAAAGGUCCUGUCCGUCAGAAGAAGAGUCAUGCCCUCAAGGCUCCAACACUCUGACUGAUGAACCUGAAGAUGAUGACGGUGUGCAUGUCCAAAUCCCAGAGUUUCAGAGUCGCAAAUUUGAGGAGAUCCCAGUUGUAGUCACUCGCGUUGUUCACCCAAACAAGUUCUUCAUCCAACACAAGGACGCAAACCUUUGUGAACUGUCUGAAAUCAUGCUUAGGAACAGCAGUAGAUCUUUUGCAGAGAUGAAUAGUGUCCCAGAUGUUGGGGCUUAUGUCAUGGCAUGGCUCCCGAUGCAGGAGGUCUGGUGCCGUGGCCGGGUCCUCAAAAUAUGUCAGCUGAGUAGAGACAUUAAGGUGGAGGUCAGGAGGAUUGACUAUGGAGACGACGUUUGCGUGUCUCUUUGGGAUGUCAAGGAAAUGAGUGGAGAAAUGGCAUCCAGACCCGUGCAAGCGCUGCAGGUCUCUCUGGCAAAUGUGAGGCCAGUGUUUGGAGAAACCUGGUCUUUUGAAGCGAUCAGCUGGUUCAAAAGCAAAGUUCAGAACAAGACUCUUUAUGCCAGGAUUUAUCCAGAAGGAGAAGUCGAGCUCUUCAUGGAGAAGGGAAAGAUUGGUGCCAUGAGGAGAGGGGAUUCCCUUUCUGAGAGACUUGCACAGAAUAGAUUUGCCAUCCACAGAUCUAACAAACACAAAGGGUUAAAGAGAAGUGAUGCCCAAGAACGAGCCCGAAAACGGUCCUCCGAGUGGGAGAAGUAUCUGAUCUCCUGUUACCUUUAAAACAGGAAGUGAUGUUGACUGUUCCGUCAUCCCCAAAGUUUGUGCUUUUAACGUUGAUCCGUUCUUCUCAACCUCAUACUCUACAUUAUGUGCCAAUGCAAAUUUAGUUGCAUGUGUUUGUACUUUCACUUAGUUUGUGUACAGUUUACAUUUCUUAGAAUGACAGAAGCUAUUCUAACAAAUGUACACUGUACAGUGCUGUCGAAUGUGUUCUUUUUGGUUUAGAUGUUUCAUAAUUAUGUUAAUUCAUAAUUAAAAAAAAAAAAUAAGGAGCUCUAAGAUAGAAGAAUCUCGAAUUAUUUGAAAGAAGUUUAGAGUCGACUCGUCUUUUUUUUUCUGAAAUAUAUUGCUGAUACAUUCUUUAUUUAAUUGAAUACGCAGAUAUACAUUGUCCCCGCUUCAUGAGACACUUCUCUCUGGAUGUUAGCCUGAUUUUAUAGCACGUUUUCAUGCCUAGAACUUUAAUUUGAAGAAGACAAAUCAGUAAUUACAACAUGCAGUGGUUUCAUGAUCAGUUCAUGACAGUUGAAGGGAAAUAUUCACAGCCACAGAUUGACAGACCUUUCCUUCCCUCAUAUCUAGCAGAUCCUCUGCAUGUGUAGUUGAGAAAUGAUGCUUAAGAUUGUAUUGCUUGAACAUGGUGGUUAAUUCUGGUUAGAGAUUUGAAACAUCACAAAAAGUGAUUUGUCAGCCUGAUUUAAGGAUAAAACUCCU